CAAUCAACCACCGUAGGAUCAACAACACCAGAACAAUCAACCACCACAGGAUCAACCACAACAGAACAAUCAACCACGACAGGCUCAACAACACCAGAACAAUCAACCACCACAGGAUCAACCACACCAGAACAACCAACUACCGCAGGAUCAACGACACCAGAACCAUCAACCACCACAGGAUCAACCACACCAGAACAACCAACUACCGCAGGAUCAACCACACCAGAACAAUCAACCACCCCAGGAUCAACCACACCAAAACAAUCAACCACCGCAGGAUCAACCACCACAGGAUCACCCACACCAGAACAAUCAACCACCACAGGAUCAACCACACUAGAACAAUCAACAACCGCAGGAUCAACCACACCAGAACAAUCAACCACCACAGGAUCACCCACACCAGAACAAUCAACCACCACAGGAUCAACCACACCAGAACAAUCAACCACCGCAGGAUCAACCACACCAGAACAAUCAACCACCACAGGAUCACCCACACCAGAACAAUCAACCACCGCAGGAUCAACCACACCAGGACAAUCAACCACCACAGGAUCAACCACACCAGAACAAUCGACCACCACAGGAUCAACCACACCAGAACAAUCAACCACUGCAGGCCCAACAACAGCGGAACAAUCAACCACUGCACAAAUAACCACACUAGAACAAUCAUCCACCGCAGGAUCAACCACAGCAGAACAAUCAACCACCGCAGGAUCAACCACAGCAGAACAAUCAACCACCACAGGAUCAAUCACACCGGAACAAUCAACCACUGCAGGAUCAACCACACCACAUCAAUCAACCACCACAGGAUCAACCACAUCAGAACUAUCAACCACCGCCAGACCAACCACAAAAGAACAAGCAACCACCUCAGGAUCAACCACAUCAGAACAAUCAACCACUGCAGGAAUAACCACACCAGAACAAUCAACCACUGCAGGAUCAACCACACUAGAACAAUCAACCACCACAGGAUCAAGUACAACAGAACAAUCAACCACCGCAGGAUCAACUACAACAGAACAAUCAACCACUUAUAGACAAACCUCAACAGAACAAUCAGCUACCGCAGGAUCAACCACAUCAGAACAAUCAACCAACGCAAGAUCAACCACACCAGAACAAUCAACAACCGCAGGAUCAACCACAGGAGAACAAUCAACAACCACAGGAUCAUCCCCACCAGAACAAUCAACCACCACAGGAUCAUCCCCACCAGAACAAUCAACAACCGCAGGAUCAUCCCCACCAGAACAAUCAACCACCACAGGAUCAUCCCCACCAGAACAAUCAACCACCACAGGAUCAACCACAGCAGAACAAUCAUCCACCGCAAGAGAGACAACUGCAAUAACUCCUUCACCCAACACUACAGCUGUAGACGUAUGCAGAACUUGCCCAAAAUAUGCCGAAUGUAUUACAACUGUGAGACCCUUUGUCUGUAAAUGUUUUGUGGGAUAUUACCAAGACGAAGAGAACCAUGAAUGUGCACAAGCAAAAGUAUUCAAUUAUGCUUGGAAAAUAGAUUUGGAAUUCGACGAUGAUAUGGAAGAUACGUCAUCGGCUGCUUUCCAAGAAGUCGCAAUCCCAGUCCUUGAACUGGCAAGUAACUGCAACAAUACUCUGCACUGUGAAACACAUUUACUGCAAUAUAAUAUUCAUUUUGUAAGCUGCAACAAUAAUAUUUACAAAACUGUAGUGCCCUACAUGUCCCGGAGUGGAGGCACUCCUGGUAGAUAGUAGAGGCCACCAUGACCAAAACUGAAUCGCGUCAUAUUUUAUCGUGUGCAGAAAAACACAUGUUGCUACAGUACAUCUUAACACCAACAAUUCGGGCGAUUAUAUAUACACCUUGUCACUCUACAAUGUUGGGCAUUAAGUUACAACCCAGAAAUAACAUUCUUAUUGUAUACUGCAGCUCAAUUCAACGUUUUAUCAAAACGAAACCUAUCGAGGAUCCGAGGUCAUCCGGAUAACUCCAUAUGAAAGCACUCCGGUAACCAUUUUCAAAAUAUUUGGGAACAGAAUUGACAGUCGCAAUUACAAAUCCCAAGUACGGAGCCAGGAAGGAAUCAAUGUAGAUUUUAUAAACCGUUUUGACCUAAACUCUAAAACUACAGAAGAGUGUGUCAACAGGCAACUAAUCCAAACAUUACAAGAGUGUAACAAUGUUUGUAAUGGACUAAACGUGACGACUUCGAGCAAAAAAAUGUCACCGUGCGAAGUCGGUGUAUGCAAUUCAACUACAGCGUCGUGCUCAAAUGAAGAAGGUCUGGCAAACUGCCAGUGCCUUUACGAACUAGGGAAACAUGUCUCUACCGAUUAUUCAUGCUCAGUUUGUCCUGUGGCAGUCAUAAAUGGAAUAUGUGGAAACUGUCCUUUUGGCUACUCCGGGAAAACAUGUGAAGACCCUUAUAUGCUAAUUUUGGUGAUACUGAGCAUAAUCCUGGGUGCAGUCAUACUCAUUGGGGGCAUCACAGGCAUCGUUUGCUGUUGUCGAACACGCUCGCACAAGAAGCACAGCGGUGACCAAAGCAGACAGCCUUCUUUCGGGCUCAAUGACAACAAAAUGUGCGAAUCAAAUUUCCCCCCUGAGGCCGCUUUAGGUUGGGAAAUUAUUUUGCAGAUGAACGCUAAAGAGAUGGCGCGGCCAAUAAAGCCCAUCCCGAGGGUUCACCUCAAUACCCCGGUGACGACCGCCGGCACGAGCUCGCCACGCAUCGGCAACCAAGAGAUGAUGAUAAAGAGCAGCCCAUGGAACGAUGCCGCCUACGCUAACCCCAAGAAAUCAACACGUAAUGGAGAGGACCAGCAUCAAGACCAGGCGAACUUUCACAAUGAAUAUGACAAUUAUUGUUUUUCACACGACACCACUGAAAGCUACUAUUAACGAGAUCAUAGUGAUUUAUUAAAACUAAUUUACCUACGAUCGUGCUCCAUUUAUCCCCGAAACUUUAUUACAUGAACCCUGGUCAUUUACUUGCUUUAAUAAAUGUGAUACUGUGGCUACAAUAAUGAUGAUAUGUUUUAAAAGUGCUGACCGUGUAUUAAAUAUACAUACAGGAACAGUUUUGUGAGUCUCUUACAACAUAUAAUACACCUGAGAAUAGGGUUUCCCCUUUUUCUGGCAACAAAACAGGUGUUAAGAUCUUGAUUUGAAGCUUUUGUGACUG